GGCUGACGAACACGAGAGGAAUUUAUGUGAAAGAACUGCUAGGGCCUUGGAAAAACUGCGGGCGCUUCUGUUCGGCACUGGCCGGAGCACGGCUGCUGUGCUCCUGAUUGUGCCUGAAUGACCUCUGAAUGGGGCUGCAUGAAAGCUGGUGCGAAGUCAAUGCUAUGACUGCAGCUUCUCAUGACAGUUUGGCUGUAGGAAUGUUCAUGUCAAGUGAAACCUUGGCUUCUAGCAACUCCAAAGCCUGCAUGGAGCUGGCGCUGGACGGCGCGGGAAGCGCGGAGGACGCGAUCGGCUCGGAGGAGCUGGCCUCCGAGGCACGCGCGCGGCGCAAGCGGCGCCACACCUGCCCGGGGCCCGAGUCGCCGCCGCUGGAGAACGGCUGGAAUGGUGCGCUGUGGCGGCGCGGCCGGUACUCGCCACCGCCGCGGCCCAACAGCCUGGACGCGUCGCUCGAGCCACCCGACGCCCGCCCGGCGCCGCUGCAGACCAACGGCGACGGUGCGGCGCCCGCUGCGCCAGAGGAAAAACACGCCGGCCCCGAGCCGGCCGAAGCAGAAGGCGCUGAGAGCUCUCCAGAGCCGACGCCGGACAAAGGCGCGGCCGUCGGCAACGGUGAGCCUUCGCCGGAGCCGCCUUCGCUGGACGGUGAGGCGGACCCGGAGGCGAGUGGCGGUGCGUCAGGUCCCGCCUCGCCACCGGGGCUGACGGCCGAACCGGACGCCGGCAUGGCGCCGCUCGGCGACAAGAAAAGGCGGCUGAACGAGGCGCAGAAGCUGCACCUCAACUCUGAGUGUCAUAAGACUGAGAUCCUGGCGAGCAAGCUACGCCACACACCGUGUCGGCUGAGCGGCGCCGCGGCCGCCGCGCAGCCGCCGCUUCUUCUCCCGAACGGCGACGAGCCAGGUCUGCUGAAGACGGCCGUCAAUCGGGCGGCGGCGGCGGCUGAGACGGACCGCGACAGCUCGGUCGGCCCCAGUUAG